UGGCUUGUACGGCGUGAGGAGCGAGAACUUCGAAAAUGGGGAAAUAGAGGAGCGGGAGUGGAAACAAUUAAGCCAGACAGCACGUGGGGAAAAGGGGAAGCGCACCGGACUGGGCACUCCUGGGGUGCGCCUCUGAGCCUCUGAUCCCCUCCCGGAGCAUCCCAGCGAUUCCUUCCAGAUGCUAAGUCCUAAGUGCUUUGAAGAGCAAAAUAGCAACAUGAAUCACAAAAAAAUAUGCCUUAGGGCCACGAGCGCUGCCCCCGAGGACUCCUGGUGGCCAGCAGCUCCGAAGCCACUCAGGCGCUUGGCCUCCAGCUCCCACUGACACAUCCGGGCAUCCUGUCUGCUGGCCUUCCGGCCUGGAAGCCUACCCGAACCAUGGAGGCCCCUGAGGUCCCCGUGGGAGCGCUGAUUGACUUCGGGACUGAGCCGUCCCCCUCCUCGCCCCUAGAGACACUGCCUCCGAAGCUGCGGGAUGGGGACAGCUCCCAGGGCGAUGGUGCUUCGGAGAGCGAGACCACAGAGUCUGCGGACAGCGAGAAUGACAUGGGCGAGUCGCCCUCACACCCGUCCUGGGACCAGCACCGCCGCUCCUCCUCCAACGAGUCCUUCUCUUCCAACCAGAGCACCGAGUCAGCCAAGGACGAGGAGACCCUGGAGUUCCGGGAGUUCAUGCGCAGCUACGUGGAGAAGAUCUUCUCUGGAGGGGAGGACUUGGACCAGGAGGAGAAAGCCAAGUUUGGAGAGUACUGUAGCAGUGAGAACGGAAAGGGCCGCGAGUGGUUUGCUCGAUACGUGAGUGCCCAGCGCUGCAACUCCAAGUGUGUCUUGGAGCCUACCUUCUACCGCCUGGUGCAGUCUUUCGCCGUGGUCCUGUUCGAGUGUCAUCAGAUGGACGACUUCGGGCCUGCCAAGAACCUGAUGACCAUGUGCUUCACCUACUACCACAUCGGUAAGCCGCACCUGCUGCCUUCCGAGUCCAAGGAGAAGCCCGCGGGGAGCAUCGACUCCUACCUGAAAUCCGCCAACAGCUGGCUGGCAGAGAAGAAGGACAUCGCUGAGCGGCUGCUGAAGAACACAUCGGCCAAGACAGAGAACGUCAAGGGCUUCUUUGGGGGGCUGGAGACCAAGCUGAAGGGACCCCUGGCCAGGAAACACGAGGAGGAAGAGAACAAGCCCAAGGAGAAGCCGCAGAAGACUGUGACCGUGUGCAGCCCGGAGGAAGAAAGGAAGGGGGAGAAGAUCUACCUGUACACACACCUGAAGCAGCAGCCCAUCUGGCACACGCUGAGGUUCUGGAACGCGGCUUUCUUUGACGCCGUCCACUCUGAGAGGAGAAAGCGAUCUCCCACCACCAGAGGGGAUGCUGGAGAGGAGGAGAAGAAGAGGGAGAAGUGGUGCCACAUGACCCAGGAGGAACGCAACGACAGUCUGCGGUUCAAUGAGAACAUCACCUUCGGGCAGCUGGGCACGUUCACUCACAACAUGCUGGCGUUCGGGCUCAACAAGAAGCUGUGUAAUGAUUUCCUGAAGAAGCAGGCCGUGAUCGGCAAUCUGGACGAAGAGCAAUACAAGCUGCUGAGCGACCACAUUGAACAGAUGGCCAUCGAGUAGGCAGGCUGUGGGAGGUCGCCCAGAGCACUCUCCAGGAGGACUGAAGGUGCACACCCCUCUCCUGGGCCAGCGACUGGCUGUCACCCCACCUGAAGACCCUGCAUGACCUCGGCAGCACCCAGAGCCGCUCCAUACUGCCCUAGAACUAGCGGUUAGAACAAUCUGGUUGCCCGUCUCCCCACCUCCCUUCUGCCUUGUCUGCUCCCCCCAUCCGCGUGCCAUAGGGUCCCUGGGAUUACACGAUAAAACCAAGGUGACUGCCCCUACUCCUGGGUGUCAGACCUGUGACAGAGGACCGAGCAGGAGGCGGAGGAAGGACACCAGGGCCGAGGUGGGCCCAGGGCAGCACCUGCUGCAGCCGCCUGCGGGAGAGGGAGGGGGUGGGGUGCCCGUGGGAAUGCAGGUGGGGGCAUCAUGAGCUGGCAGACGCCAAUGACAUGGGUGACAGUCUGGGACCCUCUUCUUCAGCAGCGGGAUGGAGUAGGGGUACUCCGCCAGUCGGGGCUCCUGCUGAGCCACAGCCCUGCGCAGGGGAGGGUGGGCCUCCCCGGGCAGGCUGGGUCAGUCCGUGGCUGCUGCUGGCCCCGCCAGCUCCCCACUGUGUGACCGGAACUGGAGUCACAGGAACCGCUAGGAGGAAAGAGACACUUCCUAUUUUAGGGAGGGAGAGAGCCCAGUGCAGAAGGCCCUGGCUGCGGAAGGCCCAGCGAGGGGUGUGAGCGCCCCAGAGGCCUCGUGGGAUCUGCGUGGCUGCUUGGGACUCACACCAGCACCGAGGUGUCAGUGUCAGGCCAUCUGAAAUGCUCCUGGUCAGCUGACGGCUUCCUUCUGAAGCAGAGAGAGUCCUGCACUCCAUCCCUGGGAGUAGCACAGGCUGUGUGCCCCGUGAAGAGGCACCAGAGAAGUCUCUUCAGUAGCUGCAAGACAACCACCCUUUCUAAAAGCAGACACUGCUGUUCUGUAUUUCAAGGAAGACAGAAAAAUCUGCGUCGGUGUUAGACAGCGGGGCAGAGGCGGCUUCCCGGGGCAGUUGCAUGAGGCUCAUGGGCGGAGCGGCCAUGCAGCAUGGGGCCCUCCGCCCCCCGGCAGCCUUGGGAAGGCGCCUCUGCCCCCCUCGGCCCUCGCCGGCUGACCGCUGUCCUGCACACUCUGCAGAUACCCCUCGUCGUGCAUCCGGUGACCAGGAACCCUGGCUUUUCUCUCGGGGUUUGUCCCGGCUCGAGAGGACUGACGUGUGACAGCAAGCAGCCAGCAUGCGGCUCCUCCGGCCUGAAUAUUUCCCGACCGUCGGCUUCCCUCUGCCUCGCCCCUCGCGCUUGGGCACUGACCUUGAAAGUAGGCCCGGGGGCGCUCUCCUUCAUCCUCCCCUCCUGUUUCCCUCUCUACCUCCUCUCCUCUCGGUCAUUACAUUACAGUCUCCUCUGGAGCACAGCAAAAACAUGCCUGGUAGUCACUCACCCAUCCAGUGCUGGAACGCUUUCCCUCAUGGGAUGCCUCCCUGGAAUGUUCCAGAGACGAGCUGUAGCCGCGCGUCUCGGUGAGGACAGGAGAGGUGACGUGAAGCAUGGUGUGAUGGGAGUGGGCUGGUGUCCAAAGGCUGGAUCCCAAAACUCAGCUUGUUUUUAUGAUGGCAUCGUGUGUGUGUGUGUGUGUGUGUGUGUGUGUGUGUGAGAGAGAGAGAGAGAGAGAGAGAGAGAGAGGUCAGCCUAUCUGGCAAUGUCACCAAACAGAGCACAGCUGUGUUGCUGGGGCAGGUCCCCCCCACCCCUCGGCCAGUGUUGGGCCCCAGGGACAGUGCAUGCCUCUACCGAAUGCAUUUCAGAGAAAUAAGGUCAAAUUAAUGAGUAUUUGGACCCUCUUCCAAUGCCUAUUUCAGAUAAGGCAUCCCCUCCUAAAACGCUCAACUGUGACCCCUGAAUCUGUUGUGCUCCCCUCCCUCUCUGUAGAAUCAGGGCCGCAUGGGGAGGGGGGCUGUCUGAGGCCCCUGCAAGGCUCUCCUUUCAACUGCAUUAUCAUUGGCUUUAUUAGUCAUUUCUCAGUAGUUAGUUGAAAUGCGUUACAACUUUAUCGUAAGGUGCCCCCAAGACUUAUCCUUGUAUAUACCAGAUUUUUGUAUAGAAGCCUGAUUCUGAUUUCUGGAGGGAGUGAAGUGGGUUCUGAGGCUCUUUCCAGAGUGCCAGGGAGUGGGCGUGGCCCUUUCCCCCUGGGGAGGGGCCGGUAGGACCCCUCCGCCUUUGGAAGGAAACACCCCUUUGACUUCUUGGGCUUUUCCAAGCACUUUAAUUUCAAAAAUGAUACUGAGACGUUGAUUCCCCCCUGUAGGCCUCUUGAAGUAGCAGUUGGAGGUGGAAGCAAGGCCUGCUUAGGGUUUUCUCUGCCCCCGCCGCCAUUGCUUGUUCUUCUGGCUGGGCAGAGUGGGGUUGGGCUGCCGGGCUUGCUUGGACCGUGCCAGAGACCUGGACCCUCCUCAGAGGCAGCAUUUCACCUCACAGUGCCUCUGGCCGGUGUCACUUGGAGGAGUCCCGUCCCUAGAAAGAAGGCUGGCAGCCUGCCCUACUGAGGGUGCCUCUGUCCCUGGGACUCUGUCUCUCCCCCUGGGGGCCCGGCCAGAGCAGACCGACGUGGGACAUCUCAGAGGUCCCAGCGUGCGGAGAGGGCUCCCUCUGGUGCACACAGGGACACGUUGGUGUGAGAGCCCUGCGAACCCUUCCUAUAAACUCAGGAACAGUAGACUCAGUGCAGGAAGGGUCGGAUCAUAUCCUAGAAGAGAGCUUCCUGUCCCGGCAGGUAGAGUGUCCGAAGCCGGGAGCUCUGAAGGCUCGCCCUUCAGCACUGGUGUUUCAGACUUUCUGCUGGCUGUCCUCCGGGGCUGUGGAAAUCCCAGUGAGCCAGGACAGCUAAUCCUCUCAAAUAAAAAGUUCCCUGCUUGGAAAACAGGAUGAUGUUGAGAUGCAGCUUUUGGAGGUGGGGCUGGUGCUGAGGGAGAGCGAGAGAGAGAAUCCCAAGCAGGCUCCACGCCCAGUGGGGAGC